AUGACGCUGGCGGACCUCAAGGCCGUCAUACAGAGCGAAGUCCAAAUCCCCCCAGAGUCGCAGUUCCUCUUCUACAACAGCAUACAGUUGCGAGAUGACUCGAAGCCGUUGGGGCAGCUAGGCAUAAGUGAAGGUGACAUGCUGGCUAUGCGUAUACGAGUAUCAAUUCCGGGUUCUGGGCCAGGACAGGGUAACCCCUCGCCUUCCAGUGCUGGUGCUGCUGCUGGCCCUGCAGGGGGAGAUGCUGGCAGUGCUGGAGCGGCGUCGCAGCAGGGUGACUCUUCACGCGAGCAGCCGAGGCUACCAGAUCCAGAGACGAUAAGGCUGCAUAUGCUGGGUGACCCACGAGUGCUAGCGGCAGUUAGGCAGCAGAAUCCGACGCUGGCGGGCGCGGUAAACGAUUCGCGGCGGUUUCGGGAGAUAAUGCUCUCUGAUCGACGGGCUGAGGCGCAAGCCGAAGCAGCAAAGCAGGCCAGAAUAGCCAUGUUGAACUCGGAUCCGUUCAAUCUUGAUGCACAGCGAGAGAUCGAGGAGAUUAUUCGUCAGAAUGCUGUUACGGAGAACUUACAUGCGGCCAUGGAGCACACUCCCGAAGCAUUUGGUCGAGUAACUAUGCUGUACAUCCCCGUAGAGGUGAAUGGACACAAGGUGAAGGCGUUCGUUGACUCCGGCGCCCAAGUCACUAUCAUGUCACCCGCGUGCGCCUCAGCCUGCAAUAUCAUGCGAUUGAUCGACCGCCGAUAUGGCGGUAUUGCAAAGGGUGUAGGUACCGCUGACAUCCUGGGACGUGUGCAUUGCGCCGAGAUCCGAAUCGGCGACAUGUAUCUUCCUUGUUCCUUCACGGUCAUGGAUGGAAAGCACAUCGAUCUCCUGCUAGGCCUAGACAUGCUUAAACGCCACCAAGCAUGCAUCGACCUGAAGGAAGGCGUGCUCAAGAUUCGUGAUGAGACGGUGCCCUUCCUCCACGAAGCUGAUAUACCCAAGCAUCAAGACGAAUUGGAAAAUGAGCCCUUGGUCAGGGGAUCGGAUGGAGCUAUCAUCGGAGGGAGGACUGGUGCCGUGCAGCGUCCCGCUGCGGCCGGGGGGAUGUCUCCCUUCCAGAGGCCUGCGCUGCCUACUUCGUUACAACGUCCUCUUCCAACUGGUCCUACUCCUGGUUCUGCUGCUGCUCCUGGUACUGCCCCUCCUCUUACUACCACCGUUCGUACCACUGCUACUGGAGGCAUUGCCUCUGUUCGUGCUGGUGCUUCUGCUUCUUCCCCUCCUCUUACUACCACCGUUCGUUUCCCCGCUACUGGAGGCAAUGUCUCUGUUCGUAUCCCUGCUACUCCAGCCGUUAGUGGUCCGUCAGAACUAUCAUCUAAUAUCCCUCAGCAGCGAGCCUCGCGCUGGCCAGCCGAAUCCAUUGCCAAAAUAACUGACUUGGGAUUCACGCGGGACGAAGCUAUACAGGCGCUUGAUGCUGCGAACGGUAAUCUUGACGGUGCAAUUGGGUAUCUCAUCUAG